AUGGCUUUCCGUAUCAUGAAACGCCCGAUUGUCAAACAAGAACCGUCCGCCCCAGCAGGGCCUCAUCCCAAGAACCCAAUACCUCGCGAUCAGAUCCCCGAGGCAAGGACCCACGACCGACUUGGGCCUCCCACUCAACCUGCAAACCAUCACGCUCCCCGAGCUACAGAACGCAUUGUCGGUCAGCCGAAGAGCUACGCUGGUGGUGGUGGUGGUGGCAGGCAAACGCUCCGAAAUGACGGUACUCACCUGGGCUACGACCCACAGCCAAGUUCCACCCUCAGAAGGGAUUUGGACAUGGCGGAAGAAUCGCUGUCCGUGAAACACACGGAGCUGCAGCAGCACAUGCUCUCUUGGGCACGGUAUUAUCACGAUCGAAUCCCAUGGGCUGAAGGCUGGAUGGCGGACCGAUGGAGCGAAAGGUUCGAAGAGGACAGAUGGAGAGCCGAGAGAAUAUUCUGCGAAGAUGAGGAUAAGCGGCUCGCAAGGGAAAAAUUUGAUAGGGAGACGUCCCUGCAGAGGUCUGAGCGCGACUGGGACGUGCUCCUGGAUAGAUAUGAAGAAGACCGGAGGCAACUCUCAGAGAUGCGACGCCUCGUGGAAGAGGACGAAUGA